GGAGCGGCGCGUCGCCGCCGCGUGGGAACUAUGGGCGGCUCUGAUCGGCAGCUAGGGGUGAGUUAUUGGCUCUGGCGGCGUAUAUAACAGGGACGGCUGCUCCAGGAGCGGACAUCUUAGAUCGCUCCAACAUGAGGCCCGUAUCGAUUGCACUGCUGCUGACGUUCGCCAUAGCUGCGGUGCUCGCCGAGGAGUACGAGACGGCAGAGGGCAGAACGCUGCUGGGAGGUGGAGGGUAUUGGGGCGGCAGCAACCCCAGGGGCGGCGCUGGGGGCGGCUGGGGAGGCUCCUGGCCUGCCGGGGGCGGUGGAGGCGGCAGCGGCGGCUACAGGGGCCCCAGCAAGUAUGGCGGUGGCGGCGGCGGCGGAGGCAGCGGCUACGGAAGCGGCGGGCGGUGGGGCAGCCCCGGUCACAGGGUGCAGUACCAAAGCGGACACGCCAAGUGAAGCAGGCGGCACAGCUCCUUAACAGCAGCAACCAACUUUUCUACAAUUACUGUACAAAACCGCACGCCUGUGCAACUCAUAAAAUCAGCAGCGGCAUCCCCUUCGGCUUUGUAAUGAAAAUGUAUAAAAUUACAGAUCACAAUUGCAACUACACUAUAUAUACAGCAUUUAAUAACGGUUUGAUGAACUAAACAGGCAUCUUAACUGCGAAAUGUAACUUAAUCAAAAUCCCUUAUUGAAAAAGUAUACAAACAGCCGAAAUAUUGAGGAAUUGCAACUAUAUGAACUAUAUUUAUGUAUCGGUCCUGUAUUUAUAUACUUAAGAUAUCUGGCAACAAAUUAACAAUAAAUUUCUUUGACAAUGAUCGUCACUAUCUUCAAAAUGCUUUCAUAUUUUGUAUAAUAUUUAUACACCUUCACUUGUUUUUCAAUUUCCAAAUACUAGUGUACUGAGUAACAGAACAGCGACUACGUGGAGAGUUUGGUACCGUGCUUUGAGUUACUAAAAACAGAUAUGUAUAGCUACAGCAGACGAGUUUUCCAUUUUAAUUCACAAAUGCGUCUCAGUGGCCGUUUUUGUGUAAUCCAAUAUUUACACUAAGUCUCUUUGUACGUCUGUUGUGAGAACUGGUUAAGUUUCAUCCACAAUGUUGGUAUUCAGGUAAAAGCUGCAGCAUGAAAUUUACUAGAAAGGGACUUAUGAAAUUAUGUGCACUAUUGUACAUUACGGGGCACUAUUUACGUAUUGUUCGUAUUUGUUCACUGCGAUGGAAUAAAAUUCUGCAGAUGAUAAUUGACCCAAAAUAAGAUUUUGUUUCAAAACGUUAAAAAUAUUGUCAGAUCGUCUCAGUCGCAGAGGAGGAAAUUAAAUUAAAAGUUAGGAUAGAGAAAUCAUGACAGUGUAAGAGCAAUGAGGUCUUAGAAAACGUAUCUGACUAAUACUUAUCAAUUUUUAAACUUUUAUGUUGUUUUUGUUCCUUUCUAUUGGUAACCUUUUCUGACUGUAACCUCUGAAAUGAGCUUUCAAGUGCUUUGACCACAAUCCUAAUGGCUGAAUAUCGCACUGUCGGGAGAGAGGCUUACUUCAGCAACGAUAAAAUAGGAAACUAAACUGUAGCAUAACUGCAUUUCACUAUAUUUAUCGUUUACUCCAAAAUUUAUCCGAAAUUUUGACAUGAUUCUUCUGAAUUAAAAGAUACUAUCCUUUAA